UCCUUGCUCAGACUAACGGUUCAUUCUACCGGUACAAGUGUCAGACGAUACUAGUCCUGCCUGCAGGAAAUCGUGUACCAUGUUACGCAUCCAACUUUUAUUGGCGUCAUUUUGUCUGUGGACACCAUCAAACGGACACGUCAUUGAGCGCCGUCAAGCAGCUAAUGGCUCCACGUCACAACCACAAUGUUCUCUCGUGGACCGACUGUUAGACGUCUUACAAAACGACCUAAGCAGGCUGGAGGGGAAAUACGACGACCUCUUAGAGAAAUAUCACAGAAUUGUGGAGACCACAUCCAAUUUGCAGAUUAGUUUCGCAAAGUUAUCUUUGGACAAGCAAAAUGCUAUUGGCAAAGACUGUGCUGAGUUGUACAAGAACGGUGCAAAACAAAGCGGAGUGUACACCAUUACCCCCUCUAACGGCCAAAAUCCUUUCGACGUUUACUGUGACAUGACCACUGACGGGGGAGGAUGGACGCUAUUCCAGAAGCGUAUGGACGGGUCGGUCGACUUCUUCCGCGGUUGGGAGGAUUACAAACACGGCUUUGGUAAUCUGAACGGGGAGCACUGGCUUGGAAACGAUCUUAUAAAUCUUCUCACUAACCAAGGUCGGUAUGAACUCCGCGUUGAUAUGGAGGACGCCACUGGAGUCAAGGCGUAUGCCCGCUAUGACAAUUUCGCCAUCUCCUCAGAGAGGACAAAUUAUCAGCUGACCAUUGGCGGAUACUCUGGAAACGCAGGUGACUCCCUGGGUAACCAUAAUGGCAUGGCAUUCUCGACGAAGGACAAAGAUAAUGACAGCCACGACAGCAAUUGUGCUCAAACUUAUAAGGGCGCAUGGUGGUACAAAGCAUGUCAUAGGUCAAACCUGAACGGUCUGUACCAUCUUGGUGAGCACGCGUCUGGCGCUGACGGCGUCAACUGGUACGAUUUCAAAGGCCAUAACUAUUCACUGAAGACAACAGAGAUGAAGAUUCGUCCAAUCGGCUUCAAGGCGGCUUCAGCUGUCAUUGGCUAAAUGUGCUAAAGUAAUUAUGUUGAAAAAACAAGAAAAUUUAGGACUCCCCCCAUUUAGCAAUAUACCAAGACUUAGAAAAAUUGCAUAGGGUGUACUAAAUGUGUCUGAAUGAAAUGAAGUGAGAUAGGUCAGACUAGAAUGUGUAAAAUUAUGUUUAUAGUUAUGCAAUGAUGAUUUAUCUUCAAUAUUUUCAUGCAAUUUUGCUUCAUCAUCCUUACAUCGUAUCUGUCGAAAGAGACCUACAAAGAAAACAUUUCAAUUUGAAACGAGGAAAUUUAUAUCUUAAUUGGUUUCAUGUAUAUUGUCACUUUGCUGCAGAAUAAAUUGUCAAACAACU